AUGGAGGCCGCAGAGCAAGCUGAAGGUGCCGGCAAUCCCGCACUAUCCCGGCCGAAGAGGUCUCGGGCGGGCUGUUUGACUUGCCGGACUCGCCGCCGAAAAUGUGACGAAGGCAAACCGAAAUGUCAGAAUUGUAUAUCGAAAGGAUUCGAAUGUCGAUAUGCGGCGGCUUUCCAGAUAUUGGGGAAGAAUAACUUCACCCCGGGGGUUUCGACCAGUGUGAAGUACAGCAAUUUACGGUUUGUGUCUGCAGAAGGCGAGAACAGCGAACAAGAAGCGGGCGAUGGAGCUACAAGCCAUGACAUGCGGGCCGAGGAAGAGAACACCCAAAACGCACCGUUGCGGCCAUGGGCACAAGCUACUGCCGGCGAAGACCAAGCAGGAGGUAUAAGAAUUGUGCCAGAGGCUACCAGUCCGUCUGUCGAACGAUAUGAAUUCGCUCUGCAUGGCUUGCUGGCGCUUGGAAAUGGGAAUGCCGGAGCUAUUGAUACCCGCAUAGACUACGCUCGCAGCCCUCGGCCAAAUGAUACGCAUCUAACACCCUCAGAUAGCGAUGGAGCGGACCCGUUGCGCAUCGACCCAAUGCUGGAGGAUUUCGCUGGUGGGGGCUUGCCCCAGGGCGCGAAGUCAGAUAGCUGGCCUGUGAUCAAUCUACCGGACGCCAUCGGAGGAAUGGAGCCGCACGAUGACCGUAUUCUAGAAUUGCUGAAACAUUAUCGCUAUGGGAUCGCCCCUUGGCUGGACAUUUGUGACCGCCAUCAAUGCUUUGGACAAGAAGUCCUGCAGCUUUCGAUAGAAUCGACUUCCGUUCGCUAUGCGGUGUUGUCGCUUGCGGAGGCGUCGCUUUGCGCGCGUCACCUUAGCCAGGAAUCGAACAUCGCUAUGGUUGCGCAUUUGCACCGGCAACAAGAAGGGAACGAAAAUGAGGUCCACAAUGCUCUACUGAAUGCUUUCGAACUUACGCGGAGCGCCGUAACGGACCUUUCAGGCUUCUGGAUGCAAGGGGAUGGUGCCGAUUUUGCGCAAGGCAUUCUGGAAGUUCUUCUGCCUGAGGUCAAUAAGAAGAGGUUAGCGUCUUGUGCGUUUUGGCUGGUAGCAAGACUCCGUAAGCGCCAUAUCCUCCAAUAUUCACGUUCCUGGGACAAGCUGAUGCAGGAUAUAGAGCUCAGCGUUGCAUUGAUAAACUCGUCCCAAGCUAGGCUGGCACCGUCUUCCGCAUCCACAACACUUCAGGCGUAUAGCGCAAGAGGAGACGCGGAUCAAGUGUUCCGAUACGCCCAUGAAGCCGUGGCGCUAUGCACCGACGCUGCCAUGUUCGCCCGAGGCGACGAGGAUGGAUGGCAGGUGCAGCGGUACGGACUGGAGCGUGUGGAACUGUGGAACACGCUCGUCGCGAGCUUCGAGAACUGGUACAAAAAUCGCCCUCAAGACUUUCAUGCAAUUGUUGAGUUGUAUCCAAGUGAUGGUAUGCGUACCGAAGACGAGUUCCCGACCAUCAUCUUCACGGGCGGAGCGGCAGUCCUAGCGAAUCAGCUCUACCACACCGGAAUGCUCAUUAUGCUGCAAAACAAGCCACGCUUUCUAGAGCGAGCCGGUCCCAACACUCCAUUCAUGUCGCUGCUGUGGCACUCUCACAGGAUAUGCGGGACCGCGAUAAGCAACGAUCGAUGGGACUGCUGGGAUCCGACUCUUUUAGCCUCAUUGGUUGUAGCGGCUCGAACGGCUACUCAUCAAAGUCAGCACACCGUCAUUUUAAACACGUUAGAGCACGCUCAGCAACUGACCGGCUUCAAUAUCAGCCACCAUUUGGACGGCCUCCGGGAUGAAUGGCGGCUUGCGGAAGGGUGGUGA